AUGGACCUCGAAACGCCCACCGCAGAGAAACCUCGCUCGCCAACCUUCGACAUCGUCUCUACCUAUCGUGAUCUCCUAGCCUCUGACCCGGAUCUCACAAUGCCCGUUGCUGCAAUUGAAGCUCUCGUCGAAGCACUCGCCCACAGUACUGUGUCUACUGUCGCCGAAACCCUCCAGCUCCUUGAGCGGCACACCAAUACCCUCAAAGCCUCUAUCCCCAACCCAAUCUCUUUGUCCGCAGGCACCGACCUGUUCCAGCGAUACCUAAUAACUUCGUUGACGAGACCGUCGAGCUUAGGAGGGCUUGCAAGUGUUCAUCUUGGCCCAAGUGAUGAUUUCAGGGCCAUCCGGAACCAUCUAUUGUCCAAUGGGAGGCUGUUUGUGGAACGGGCAAAGGCGAGCCGCGAUAAGAUUGCAAGCUUUGGGAAGCACUUCGUUCGUGACGGUGCAACUGUCCUUACAAACGGCGGCUCUAGAGUUGUAGGUGCUCUGCUCCGGACUGCAGCGGAGUCGAGCACCAUUCGCUUCAAGGUCAUCUACGUCCUUUCGACCUCUAGCUCCUCCGAUUCUCGCGAAGGCCUACAGACUGUAGCAGAACUUCGGUCCCAUAACAUACCUGUUGCGACAAUCCCGGAUGCCGCGGUUGCCUAUUCACUUGGCAAAGUCGACAUGGUUAUUGUGGGCGCAGAGGGGGUUGUUGAGAACGGAGGCAUUAUCAGCAGGAUGGGGACAUAUCAGAUGGGCUUGUUGGCCAAGAGUAAGGGAAAGCCAUUUUAUGUGGUCGCCGAAAGCCACAAGUUCGUCAGACUCUAUCCAUUGAGCCAAUUUGAUCUCCCUAUCGAUCAAAAAGUCCUCGACUUCAAAGUGGCAGACGAUAGGAUAACCAAGAAUGAAGAGAAGGCGUCAGAGGACGAAGCCGUUGCCGACCUACACACAGAGGAUGUUCGAUCAAAAUGUUCUGGAAGAACCGCGGAAGAUGCUGUUGAUUUCACGCCUCCGGAUCUUAUCUCUGGUAUAAUCACAGAGUCUGGUGUUCUGACCCCGUCCGCUGUCUCAGAGGAAUUGAUCAAGAUAUGGUUCUGA